ACCCUGCCCCCCCGGCCCCCUCCCGCGGGGAUCACCGCGGGUUUUUUUUUUGGGGGGGGUUCUCAUCCCACCCCUCUCCGCUCUUCCCGCGCGGACCCCCGACUUCACCUCCUCGGCUCCUUCGCCCCGUUCGGCGUCUCCCCCCCGCUCCCUCCCGGGGGGCGGUGGAAGAGAAAGUGAAGAAAAGUUGCGGACGGCCGGACUCUCGCUCGGCUCUCCGCCCGCCCCUCGGAGGGAGCUGCGGCGGCGGCGGCGAGGAGGAAGAGGAGGACGCGCGGGCGACGGCCGGGGCGACGCGGUGACAACGCUCGCUGCCCCUCGGGGCGAGCCCGGGAGCCCGGCGGCCCCUCACUUUCUUGUAAGAAGAAGAAGAAGAAAAAAAAGCCACCGGGGAGGACGUACGUGCCAACUCUGUUAGAGCGUGUGAUGGGUUCGCUUCCUACAGAAGGCUGGUGAGAGAGACCUGGGGGAAAGGACGAGCCGAUCUUAAAAUGAAUGGCUACUGCGGAAUCCCAAAGAGCUUUUCUCGGCCGCCUGCUGCAGAGAGCCCUGCUGUUUUUGAAGCCCUGGGUAUCGCGGAUUGUUUGGAGAACGCACACCUCUAAUCAGCCCGUGAUUAGAGAGGAAAAACCUGUUGCAUAAUCUCAUUUGCUGUGGGGUUGGCUGAGCUGUCCCCUUGAACCAAGGGGAAGUGAGUUAAGAGGAGGGUUUUAAAACCUCUGAAGUUUUUAUUUACACAGUACUCUGGCUGCCACUUUGCUUUAAAAGAUUAUAAGUAAAUAACUCUGCUCUUACAAGCGAAUCAAAGUUAUCGAACCUGUUGGGAAAAUGACCAGGUUGUCAGUCCAGUGUAAAGCUGUUGGAGUGAGGGAGCAAAGGUAAAGGAUGAUGUAAUGCCCUGGCUGCCCCAAGCAUCUUUUGUUGUGGAAUUGUUAUUCCCAUCAUCUCUCUAUGAAUCAAAUGUGAGGGGCUGCUUUGUGGAAGGAGUCCUUUGCAAGAUCACAUCAACAGGAAGGAGAAAGAGACAUUCAGUUGGAGGGCUCUUGCUGAAAUGGGUUUAACUCUCCUUUUGCCAGCCACCACUAGCCUGACCUCAUACAUUUUUAGUACAAUGGAGUGGCUGAGCCUUUGAGCACACCACCAUUACAUCAUUGUGGCAAAUUAAAGAAAGAGGUGGGAAAAGAGGACUUAUUGUUGUCAUGGCCCAUGAGAUGAUUGGAACUCAAAUUGUUACUGAGAGGUUGGUGGCUCUGCUGGAAAGUGGAACGGAAAAAGUGCUGCUAAUUGAUAGCCGGCCAUUUGUGGAAUACAAUACAUCCCACAUUUUGGAAGCCAUUAAUAUCAACUGCUCCAAACUGAUGAAGCGAAGGUUGCAACAGGACAAAGUAUUAAUUACAGAACUUAUCCAACAUUCUGCAAAACAUAAGGUUGACAUUGAUUGCAAUCAGAAGGUGGUAGUUUAUGAUCAGAGUUCCCAAGAUGUUGCUUCUCUGUCGUCAGACUGCUUUCUCACUGUACUUCUGGGUAAACUGGAGAAGAGCUUCAACUCUGUUCACCUGCUUGCAGGUGGGUUUGCUGAGUUCUCUCGUUGUUUCCCUGGCCUCUGUGAAGGAAAAUCCACUCUAGUCCCUACCUGCAUAUCUCAGCCUUGCUUACCUGUUGCCAACACUGGGCCAACUAGAAUUCUUCCCAACCUCUAUCUUGGCUGCCAGCGAGAUGUCCUCAACAAGGAGCUGAUGCAACAGAAUGGGAUUGGCUAUGUGUUAAAUGCCAGCAAUACCUGUCCAAAGCCUGACUUCAUACCUGAGUCUCACUUCCUGCGAGUGCCUGUGAACGACAGCUUUUGUGAGAAAAUUCUCCCAUGGCUGGACAAGUCUGUGGAUUUCAUUGAGAAAGCAAAAGCUUCCAACGGCUGUGUGCUGGUUCACUGCUUAGCCGGUAUCUCUCGCUCCGCCACCAUCGCUAUCGCCUACAUUAUGAAGAGGAUGGACAUGUCUCUAGAUGAGGCUUACAGAUUUGUGAAAGAAAAAAGACCUACGAUAUCUCCCAACUUUAAUUUCCUGGGCCAACUCAUGGACUAUGAGAAGAUGAUUAAGAACCAGACUGGAAUGUCAGGGCCAAAGAGCAAACUCAAGCUGCUGCAUCUGGACAAACCCAGUGAGCCAGUGCCUGCAGCCUCAGAGGGCGGAUGGAAGAGCGCGCUGCCUCUCAGUCCACCCUGUGCCAGCAGCGCUACCUCAGAGGCUUCCGGGCAAAGGCUUGUGCAUCCUGCCAGUGUGCCCAGCUUACAGCCUUCCCUCUUGGAGGACAGCUCACUGGUACAGGCGCUCAGCGGGCUCCAGCUGUCCUCAGAGAAGCUGGAAGACAGCAAUAAGCUCAAGCGUUCCUUCUCUCUUGAUAUCAAAUCUGUUUCGUAUUCAGCCAGUGUGGCAGCAUCUUUACAUGGCUUCUCGUCAGAGGAUGCUUUGGAAUACUACAAACCUUCUGCCACACUGGAUGGGACCAACAAGCUAUGCCAGUUCUCCCCCGUUCAGGAGGUAUCAGAACAGACUCCAGAGAGCAGCCCAGACAAAGAGGAGGCCCAUGUCCCCAAGCAGCCCCAAGCUACCAGGCCUUCGGAGAGCCCGAGCAAGCGCUUGCACUCAGUGAGAACCAGCGGUAGUGGGUCCACCCAGAGGUCCUUCUUCUCACCACUGCAUCGGAGUGGGAGUGUGGAAGACAAUUACCACACCAACUUCCUUUUUGGCCUUUCCACCAGCCAGCAACACCUCACCAAGUCUGCUGCAGGGCUUGGCCUGAAGGGCUGGCACUCGGACAUUCUGGCCCCCCAGUCCUCUGCCCCCUCACUGACCAACAGUUGGUAUUUUGCCACAGAGCCAUCACACUUCUACUCGGCUUCAGCCAUCUACGGAAGCAACCCCAGUUACUCUGCCUACAGCUGUAGCCAGCUGCCCACUUGCAGUGACCAAGUCUAUUCUGUUCGUAGGCGGCAGAAGCCCAGUGACAGAGCUGACUCAAGGCGGAGCUGGCAUGAAGAGAGCCCGUUUGAAAAGCAGUUUAAACGCAGAAGCUGCCAAAUGGAAUUUGGAGAGAGCAUCAUGUCUGAGAACAGGUCAAGGGAAGAGCUGGGGAAAGUGGGCAGCCAGUCUAGCUUUUCAGGCAGCAUGGAAAUCAUUGAGGUCUCCUGAGAAGAAAGAGCCUCAGAACUUCUGUUGACAGUUUUGUUUCUUGUUCACAAAAAAAUAUUCCCUGUAAAUCUGAAAUAUGUAUAUGUAUAUACAUAUAUAUUUUUGGAAUAUAGAGCUACGGUGUAAAAGCAAGAGACGGAUCAACACAGUUGCUCUCUCAACACCUGCACUGAGAGCAGCUAAUUCUCUCAGAAAAGAGUGGAAGGGUAGAUGUUAGAAUUCCCCCGCCAGGAGAAGAGAUUUUGUUCAGUGGAUUGCACAUCUUGUUCCUACAAAAGCAAGGUUUGUUUUUGUUUUAAUGUUAGAGGACAAAAUCCUCCCAUUUCGUGUGCAACGAAGAUCUAGAACUCAUCUCUGUCCAGGCCCUUCCCUAGUGACCUUAGCGCUGAGACUGAGCCAUCUGUGGGUCAGGCGGGAAGACCCUCUAGGGACAGACCCUAAUGGUAAAUCCGAGAGAAAUGAUCCCGUCCAAAGCUGAGUCAUAAAUCCAAGCUUGAUUGACAGCUGAAGGACACGGGCAUCAUUCUGCUGGAUGAACUAUUAGGAGCCUUGCCCAGAUCUACUUACAACCAAUCCAGUACCUCAGACAAGACAUUUGGGGCCAUCACCACUACCAUGUCUAGCAGCCCACUUUCUAGGCAUUGUGAAUAAGUAGGUAACGUGUCACUUUCCAGACAAAUUCAGACUGUCUGCACAAAACUGCAGGGGGCCUGGUGAGCAGUCGCCAUGUCCCCUCUUCUCAUCUGAAUGACGAGGGGACACCAGCUAAAGUUCAGCUUAGCCAGAGAUUGGCCAGUCGGGUAGCUUGGAGACUUAAGCCAGGGAUGGGACACUAAACAAAGAAUUAUCUAAAGUGGGACCGUUAAUCCUUAAAUUGACCAGACUUGGUUUAGAGAUAAAUAUGAGUCAUUUGGGCUUGGUAGCCAAGUGACAGAACCUUUAGGUUCUGAGCCAAAACAGACGUUUUUUAGUUCUGUUUCAUGACAUGAAAUAAAACUAUGGGAAGAUUUAGGAAGGUAAAACUUGAAUCAGGAAACUGAUUUCCUUGGUGGCUUUCCCCCACCCCCACUUUGGUUAUUUCUAGAAUCUUCUCAGACUUCCAAACUUACCACGGGCUUUAGUAAGCAAGAACUAUUCAGAAUAAAGCAUACUAGAAAGGUUAAGAUGGUGUUGAAUUUUGUUUAGUUUUGAAUACAGGAAAGCACUUUUCAAAAGGUAUCCCAGCAUGCUUUCUGAGGAAGGGACACAUCAGAGUGGAAGCCCACAGUGGUUUCUCAGUCCCUGGCAUCCAAUCACCGUGGACUCAAUCCUGGCAGCCGAGAACAGGAGGUCAUAAGACCAAGUGUGUACGUGAUAGUACCUACCUGCCCUGCAGCUUCCUGGUUGCGUCUUACCCUCUAGAGCACAGUCCUCCUCAAGGCCUUGGUUCACGGCAGCAGGGUGUGUGGGGGGGGGUUGUCACUGUUCUUUACUGUAAGUGUAGCUAGGGGCUGACUCAUGUCUCAGGUUUUUCUAUGUUAGUGAAAUGGACGGUCCUUUGACUAGGAUGUGACUUAAUGUUUCCUAUAGUGAUUGCUAAAACCAGCAUAGAAUGACGUGAUUCCAAGCCGACAGGCUGGUCAUGAGGAUUCUGAGCCUCAUGGACAUACUGGUUCGGUACAGAUAAGCUGUGUUGGGCAGAAGACAGAGGCAGAGCACACACUGCACAGGGAGCAGGUUGCACUCUGAGGGUCUGUUCGGUAAUUUGUGGUUUUAGAUAGACAUCAAAAUCUCUUAUGUAAUCAAAAAUUCUCAAAGCUUCACAGUAAAUUUUGAUACAUUGUGUACACACACUAAACAUAUAAGAAUCCACCAUCUUAAAAUCUGGUCACAUUGGUAAGACCUAAGUUAAGAAUGAAAGCAACAGCUCCAUCAUUAAGUGUGUUCCAAGAAUAUUGGGGGUUUGGCUUCAGUGUCUUUGGGCGGUGCACUGCCUAUGCCACAUAGGGAGGGCUCUCUGGGCUGCGGCCCCUCCUCCACAGCUGACAGCCACACACUACACUGUCAGUCCUUCAUCACUCAUCAUAUCGUCAGUUCUUGGAAUCACAACUACCAUGCUGAAAGGGCUGCCUCUGAGGCACGGUGUGGGGGUGUGGGGGUUGGCUCUCCUCGUGGGAGCACAGGGAAGCCUGGAGUCUACUGGGAUGACACAAAGCAGUGAUUUUAAUGAGCAAACCUAGACUCUGUGAGAAAUGCUGGAAACUGUUUAGACCAUUUGUAAAGUUGGAGUGGAAAGACUGUAUAAAUGUUUAAUAUGAAUAUAGUGUUCUUUGGAGUAAGGCAAGCUGUUGAAUGGUUCACUUGUGCAUUUCUCAUUUUGAUGUGUCAUGUAUGUUAAUAUGGUAAAAUAAAAUCAGAACUGGUACCUGUUUAUACAUAA